UUAUUUCAUAUUUCUAGAAUUGGACAGAGAUAGAGCGGAAGACAUUCUAUUUUUCCCCCGUCCACUCCACCAUAGUUCUGACCCAAUUUAUAAUGAGGGUAACGAUCUGUCCGAUUUCACACAAACUUGCAGUCCAUCCACCAUGAAGGGUACAGCGUUCGUUAUCUGCGGACUUCUGCUGACUGAGGCCUUCGCGGUCAGCCUUUUAAACCAGACCCCGGUAAACACCCACCAGAGAACCCCCAGCUAUUUCCGUCAGAUAACUAAUGUCUCCCCCCAGGCAGUUAAGGUAGGCGUGGACCUCUGCCCAACAUGCAUCCAAUUCACUGGUCAAGCCAUUGACAUGCUUCUGAACAUCAUUCUCCAAUCCGGUGUUAUUGGUUCUUGUGGAGCUCUCUGCAGCGCUCUUGCCCAGAAAACCGGAAGUCAGGCUCUAGGUGCCGUCUGCAACAUCUUGUGUGACGUUGUAGGGGUAGAAGAAUUCAUCAAACUUAUCCAAAAAGCUGAUCUUGACCCAAUCUAUUUUUGCGAGCUCCUGAAAACAUGCCCUAUUAAGGAUGACGGAGAUGCCAAAAUCACAUCAUUUACUGUUAGCCCCCAAUCUGGACCCCAGGGAACUUUUAAUUUGGAUCUCGAAUUCGAUUCUAAAAAUGGCACCGGUACGGGUGAACUCAUUUUAGAGUGCGAAACUGUUGACCAUCUUCCUGUCAGCGGAGGGUUUAUCACAGAAGCCCAACCUGCAGGGCAAUACUCCAAGCAGUUCAACCUUAAAGCUGAACCGGAUCCGAACUGCGACCCCUCACAGGGGCCAUGUGAACAGUGGCUGCCUGGAAAUUACAAUGUGAAAAUAUAUAUCUGCAAUGGUGAAUGCGGAAGCAAGCAUCCUCACAGUCAAAUUUACGACACAGCCCAAACCAGCUUCACAAUUACUCAGUAGAUAACAACUUCAUCGGAACAGCUUCAUCUUGUGUUGUGAUCAUUUCAAUUUAUUUGAGUUUAACCUCCAUUAAAGCAUUUAUGUUUUUC